AUCGGAGACCCCACACGUGCCAGAGAGAACACCAGAACAUGUAUAUCCGGAAAAACAUGUAACAACAUGCAGUCUUGACGUUAUCUUAUCUUCAACAGCUUUGCGCAGAAGGUCCAGUGGUACUGUAGCUGGUUAUUUCCUCAUAGUAAGGAAAGCACAACAUAUACUGCGUAAAGGUCCCCGAGGAAGGACGUGCCAUCAUGCAGUGCAUGGAGACAAGCCUGGGUUUCAUGAGCUGGAGUUUUAUCAUCGGUGGUGUUCUUUAUUUCCUCCGCCAGGUGAAGGUUAACACGCAGUACGGGCGCUAUGUGGAAACCAUCAAAGCUCCUGGUGUGAUGGUGCCGUCUAAGAUAGCUUGGUUCAUCCAGGAACUGCCCUCGGUGUUAAUUCCGGUGUUUCUGCUCCUCACCACAGACACGUUACACGGCCUGGGACGCGACGUUCUUCUCUGGACCUUCUGCUUGCAUUACUUCCAUAGGACGUUCAUCUACUCUCUGCUGAAUAAAGGCCGGCCAUGUCCGCUGUUCAUCAUGGUAUGGGCUGUGGUCUUCUGCUCUCUGAAUGGCUUCCUUCAGGGACACUACAUGCUCCACUGCGCUCACUACGAUGACCUCUGGCACAAGGACGUGCGCUUCAUAGUGGGUCUGUUACUGUUCUUCUCAGGAAUGGCCAUCAACAUCCACAGUGAUCACAUCCUGAGGAACCUCAGAAAGCCAGGAGAGAUUACUUACAAAAUCCCUCAGGGAGGAAUGUUCGAGUUGGUGUCUGGUGCUAACUUUUUUGGUGAGAUAUUAGAGUGGUGUGGUUAUGCCAUUGCUACAUGGUCACUGCCCACGUUCUCCUUUGCUUUCUUCACCGUCUGCUCCAUCGGACCCCGAGCUUAUCACCACCACAGCCUGAGGUGAUGAUGGCAAGCAGGACGAUAUGAGGAAGAAACUUUGAGAGGAACCAGACUAAGAGGGAAAUGAGUAGCACCAUGUGCUAAUAAAUAAUAAUACAAUUAAUAAAAUCAAACAAACAGUAAGUAAAGAAUAAACAAAAUGCUAUAAAUAAACCGUCAUGUGUGCUUUAGUAAAGGUCUGAUGUGAAAAUUGUAGAGGAAGCUGUAUGAGCUCGGUGUGUUACUGCAUGCUGAUGGAGCUCUUCUCAUCAACACCUGUAGGUACUACAUCAAGAAGUUCGACAACUACCCAAAAUCCAGGAAGGCUGUGAUCCCAUUUCUCCUCUAACAGCGGCGGCGGGAGACGUUUGAGGUUCUCUGUGUGUCGCCGAGACCCCGAACCGGUCGUUUCGGGAUCAGCAAUGACGUGGAUUUUUAAAAGAUUUUUUAUAGAUCAGAUUUUAGAGGAAAAGACAAGAUUAGUUUUAAUCUGAUAUUAAUUCUGGUGACUUCUGUAACUUCUGUACCUUUUUAUUCCCUCUUACUUUCUCAUCCUGGCCUCAUUUCAUAGGAAUUUGUAUUUUAGUAAUUUUGCUACCUUCAUCAUAACACCGUGAGCUGUAUGAAUGCUAUGUAUGAAAUGUGUGAUACAAAAUAAAGAUUCUUUUCCUGCUU